AGCUAUCGAUAAAAUAUUGUCGAAUGCUAUCACCAAGCAAAGUAAAACGAGAAAUUUUCUCGUCUGAUGAUGAUGGAGACAGCGAAAAUGAGGAGAAUAAAGAAGAUGCACAGCAGAACGAUGUGGAUGAGGAUGAUAAAAUAGAAUUAUUAGAAUUUGAAAGGAACAUCAUGUUGGAUACACUAACCGACGAUGUGUUGUUCAUCUUAGCAAGCGCAUCCGAAUUCAGAGAAACAUUGUACAUGGAAGGAGGUGUUCACUUCAUAACGUCGAGAAUUUUAAUGAUUGUUGUCCAACUUUCAAGAGUCAUUCAUUUUACGAUUGUAUCGAUAAAAGAAAUCCGAUGGAUUUGUGAAAGCGUUCACAAAUAUAUUUUCAGUGAUUAUCCAACUGCACUGAAUUCAAUUGGAUGCCUACAACGUCUAGUGAAUCGGCUGUACGUAAGACGGGUUCGACUGGUGCCUCGAUUCGAUGUUGAUGUGAAACGUAUUCUUGAUAUCUACCCGGGAUCUGGAAAUGAUGACGACGAUGACAUAACAAAUCCAUCAUCUGCUUUAACUGUAUCAAUGCUGGAAGUGCAACUGAAAAUGGAGCAGUUUUCAGCAACCGAUAAACAGCAACGUCUUGCCACUGAUUUGAAACAUUUGCGGAGUCUUCUUCAUUAUGCUGAAGAGCAUGACCCAGCAACGUUGUAUCAUGCAUUAGUGAUGCUGCGUACAGACAAGCAGGAGGUGAUGAGGAAUAGCGGAUGGCUAUUCACACCAACUUCAUCGAAGUUGUUCCUUGAGGCUGAGAAAAUGUGUAAAGUGAAAAAAGAUAAUCAGUUCACAUUGCUUGGUAAAACACCAAUACUGGUGUUGACGGAAAGUUACGAAGUAAGUCGCCAAUUACGCGAUCUGAUCAAAUGGGGUCGAAAGAAGUUCGCAUGGGUUCAGAGGUGUCAAAUAGCCGAGGAUUUACCGUCAGCUAAAGGUGCCGCAAAAGAGCCACAGUCUGCACCAUUAUGGGAUCCUACCCAGAUCACAUUAUUUGUAUCUACACAAGAGGGUGGGGGUCGAGCGGAAAUUGUCGGUGAUGUUCAGGCCGUACAAAAAGUGGCGGCUAGACAAGGUCGA